GCUUUCUCUUGACUGCGUAGAUACUGCCUUCGUCUGCUUUCGUUUUCUUAUUUUCUGUAUUCUUUUCAACGAAUACAAGACGCAGAGGUUUAGAAACGCUUUAGCACGCCUCAAAGCCAGUCGUGAAACACAUUUUUCCAUCUUUUGUCUCUCCACUCGUCACUGGAGAAACGAAGAAAAAUACGAAAUGGAGUCCGACCCUGCCGCUCGUUCCACGACGCCAGCAACACCCCACUCCCCCGCUCCACACACCGGAUCUCCCGCUCCACCUACAGCCGGUUCCACCGCUUCUAGAGCCUCUGUUCCUCGCGCGCUCCCCCACGCUCUCAGUGAUGUGGACGUGUCCUUCACCUCCACACUUCCUUUACCGCACGAGCUGUCCGGCCGUAGCACUCGGCCGCAGCUAUCCAACGCGACCGAGGUGGGCCUGCCACUGGUUGUCCGCACCGCAUCCUCAUCGAUGCUUCAGCAGCAGCUGCAGCAUCAGAAGCGCUUCACACCGACGCCGCCGCUGUCGCGCAUGUCGCUUGUCCGCGCGUCUGGUGCGGCGCGCGGCACGCCCACCAGCGUCUCUGGCCGGCACCUCUCCAUCGCCGAAGACUCCGGCCACACUUUGUUGACGUCCUCUUCGUUGCGAGUCUUCAGCAUGUCCAUCCCGAAGGACGCGUCUCGCCUGCUGCUCCACCCCCUCGAUGCCCAGCGGCAACAGCAGCUCGCCUUCUCUCUAAACAGCCGAGACCAGCAGCUGGAGGAGCAGAGCCGGCAGGGACGGGUGAAGAUGCUCCUACAGCAGCAACGGCGGCGACUGGCGUGGGCGCUGGCGAGUGACGCGGCAGCGGGUGACAUGCUGGCGGACUGGGAGGCGGUCGCCCUUGUCGUGCGGGAUCGGCGGACCUCGCUGCAACCAGACGGGUACCAGGCGUUCUCCUUCCCGGACGGCGCCGCGGUGUACGAGGGGAACUGGAAAAACUGCCACCCGCACGGGCGCGGCUGCCUACGACGCUCGUCACCGCUGAAUGACGUGUACGAGGGACAGUGGUUUGCCGGGCAGCGCUGCGGCACCGGCACGUACCACAACAGCGAUUUUCAGAUCCUUUACCAGGGCUCGUGGCUGGAUGACAGGGUGCACGGCAAAGGCGAGCUCGUGGAGCCGGAGGGGGUCUACACGGGCGAGUUUGUCGAGAACACACUGCACGGCUACGGGGAGUACGUCUACAACGACGGCCACGUGUACAAGGGCGAUUGGGUCCGCGGCCUCUACGAGGGCAAUGGCGUCUACCUCUAUCCCAGCGGCACCAAGUACGAGGGCGGCUGGCUGCGCGGCUGCGAGCACGGCCGCGGCACGAAGUGGUUCAGCAACGGCGACGUGUACAUCGGGGAGUGGGUGCACGGGAUGCCGCACGGCAACGGCACGUUGACCAGCACCUGCAGCACGGCAACGCGUGUGAGCGGGCAGUGGCGGUACGGCUCGUUGCAUGGGCAGGCCACCUGCACCUUCUCGAACGGCAGCUACUACACCGGGGAGUGGCAACGGGGGCGCUUCCAUGGCCAAGGCACCUACGAAUUCUCCAGCGCCAACAGCGAGGAGCACCGCUACACAGGUGCUUUUGUGAACGGCAGGCGGCACGGCUACGGCGAGUACGUGUCGCCCACCGUCACCUACGCGGGGCAGUGGGUGCAGGACAAGAAGGAAGGCGAGGGCUCGUUGCAGGUGCGAGGAGGUGGCACGUACUUUGGACUGUGGAAGGCGGAUGUGCCAGAUGGGCAGGGCGUCUACGUGUCGACGUAUCGAAAAGGGUGCCACGACGAGGUGCACUGUGACGCCGUGGAGGGCGACUUCGAUGCCUGCGUGAAUCAGAAUGAGCAGCAGCGCGUGGACGUGCGGCUGCUGGGUCGUUCGUGA